AUGGAAAUUUUAAAUUGUGGUGAUGACUAUGAAGAUGCUGCUACAUUAUUAUUUAGUAAACUUGCAGAUAGAAAAAAAAUGAGUCUCAGGAAAUCAUUGCGAUCGAGCUCAAGUUUCAUUAAUCCCGAUAGUGUUGCAAUAUAUUAUUGCCAAAAUAAGUUAGAUCCAGAGUUCUUAGUGAAAAAGUUUAUAAAUAGUGCUAUUGGUUUUGGUGUCUUUGUGACAAAAGACAUAUCUUCUGGAGAAUUUUUAUGCGAAUAUGAUGGCAUUUUAUCCGAUAAAGAGCCAAAUAAUAGUCAAACUAACAACUAUUUAUUUUCAAAUAUUGCUCAUUGCGGAAAAAAGUUUUAUUUAGAUGGCUCUAAUAGCAAACAAAUGGGGGCUUAUAUCAACGACACUUCUGUGCAAUAUCAAAACUGUAAUAUGAAAAAAGUUGUUGUGGAUAACAAGCCUUGUCUUUGUUUAUUUGCAAUUAAAGAUAUAAAGUCUGGCACGGAGCUUAGAUACAACUAUGGUGAUAAAGCAGAUAACUUAUGGUGGAGAACUGAUGUAUGCUAAAUAAACUGUUCACGCACACAAACGCACACAGAC